AUGCGCGGGGCGAUUGGUUCGGGGUCGGUGCUGCCCUUCCUCCCUGGGCUACCAUCACUCCAUGCCAGAACGGCAGGCUAUUCUCGUGGCUGGUGUGCUAACAAAGCGAUAGCCCAGCGCCCCUGCUCGAGGUGUAUGAGCACCAACAAAGAGGGAGCAUGUAUCGACGUGCAGCACAAGAAGCGCGGGAGACCUCGCUUACGAGAUGACAACCAAGCGAAAUACGAGGGCGCAAGGUUCGGAAGUGCCGUGGAUGCAAUGAGAAGGCCAUUGUCAUCGGCCUAUGGUCCGGGGCCGCCGCUGGGUAUGGUUUACGAUGACCCUCUUCGCCGCACUCAAUCGUACCGCGUGCUGAAAUCUCAGCCAGCUGAAUCAAUCGUGCCGCGGUUCCCAGAGCGAGGGUUGGCGUCCGAUGCGAACAUUUACCCAGCUCCGUUGUCAAUCGCUACAGCCAGAGCCCCCGAAGAGCCGGUCGCGUACUUGACCAUCGGCCUCGAGUUUUCAAGAGCAUCGACUGCUUUCCUGGGUGCGAUCGGCCGGGCUUCGGUAACGGGGCUCGAGAUCACGAAUGUGUUAGCAGCCGAGGAGCGCCCCAGGGCUUCUCGACUCCAGCAGCAGGCACAGGAGGAGCAAACCAGGAAAGACCCGGCUUAUCUCCCGCCGAUAUUCAACGACCGGAGCGAUGCCGUGAUGCAGAGCCUUGGCUUUAGCCCCGAAGAGGUGUCGAGAUACCCACUUCAUUGGCUGGACACCUUCACCUUUUUGGGCGACGAUGGACAAGCGAGACAGAUUCCGGUGCGCGCUGGGUUAGCCACUCGGGACUCGAUAUAUUUCGUCGUUUUGUUGCUGAACCGGGCAUCUCGACCUUCAUACCCAACACCAUCGCCGAGCCUAAGAGACAUGGGUGGGUCAUUCGAGCCAGGGCUGCAACAUUACUCCCAACCCACGCCACUGUCAGCAACCUUCGACCCGCGGCAAUCGAGGUUAAGUGAUCCUGGAUACGACUCCAGGCCGCCCGGGCAACAUGGUGGGCCGCUUCACAUGCUGCCGGCCCGAAGCCCAAGUCUCUCAUCGGCGUAUGGCAUCUCACCGAGCAGGCCCGACUACCCGAUCACUCCGAGAGCGUACCAAACUCCGAGAACUGAUGUGCACUCGACAGGCCGCCCAUCCCAGCCGGCAGAUUAUCAACUUCUGCCCCUCCCGAGGAUUAGGAGCCCACCCAUGGGCACCCCGCAACAACCUGAACCGCCUCAGACGCAGCAGGCGCAAACGCAGCCCCAGCCCCAGUUGCAGCCGCCGCCGCCGCCGCCGCCGCCACCAUAUCAAACCCGAGAAGAACGGUCCCGGAUAGGCAUCGGUGGCCUGCUUGAGCAGCCGGGGCGGACGAAGAGCCCAUGA